AUUAAUAAUCUGUGAUCAUUUGCCUUUGCCGAGUUUUAACUUUUAUUUUUUGAGGAAUCCCGUAAAUUAAUUAUUAUUCCUUUUACAAAGACAUUGCAUCUCUGUUGUAUUUAGCAGGUUACACUUUUCAGGAAAGUUUGAUAAAAAGGAUUAUAGUAACUUAGAGAACUUGUAGAUGAAUUUGAUCGCAAUGUUGCGACCACCGAGUUUAUAUUUUGGCCAAAGAAUUUUCGUACAAAAACAAACUGUCAGAAACAAAGUGGUUCGACCUGCAUCGUUCCUGAAACCACCGGAAAAAAUUAAACUUUACAAUAGAGAGAACAAGGAACUGUUCGGAGCUCUGCUAGAGACCAAUAAGCAAAGAAAAAGUCGAUUGCGAAAGGAAGCUAAAAAUAGACCGCAUCAAAACAACGCAGCCAGCACCAAGGAAAGUACGCAAAAGUUCGACAUUCCGUGCGAAAAUGUUUUGAAGAAUCUCAUUCAAAUACAGAACAGUGCUAUCAGAAGAUUAGAGGCAGUGAAAGGUAAAAUGUGGCUAAAAACAAGGACUUGUUCUAACUUGGCCAGUGUUCUCUUCAAUGGCACACCAGUAAGAGGCAUGAAGACACAAGCAGCUUAUUUUGCACAAAGUUCCCCAGCACAGCCUGGUUAUGCGAGCGAAGACAAGAUUCUCCAAAUAAAACAGUAUCAAAAUGACUUUACUCAACAGUUCCCAUCAGUCACUUUGAUACUAAAUAAAACAAUGACUGAGGAUACUAGAAAAGCCUUAGAUAAGUGGAAACAGGAUAGAAUAGCUGAGCUGGGCGAAGAAGAAUUCAAUAGGGCUUAUCAAGCUCAAUUAGCCGUGGGCACAAAAUUCCACAAUACCCUCAAGAAUUACUUCACACAACCUCAAACACAACUGCGCAUUGAGAAGGAUGUAGAAGGAGUUUGGGUGUCUGUCGCAGAAGUAUUGAAGAGCAUAUCCUCACCAAAGGCCAUAGAAUCCAAUGUAGUGCAUCCUGUAUUAAAGUAUAGAGGAAUAUUUGAUGCUAUUGCAGAUUAUGAAGACAAGCCAACACUUAUUGAAUGGAAGAAGUCUGACAAAGCACGCAAGGCUAUAUCAGCCACAUACGAUAACCCUGUCCAACUAGCGGCAUACUUCGGUGCAGUAUGCAAUGACCUGAACUACAAACAUUUGAAUGUUCGAGAUGCUUUACUCGUUAUAGCGUAUACGGACGGGUCGAAGGCAGAUGUAUUCCAUCUGUCAACGGACAAGUUGAGGGAACACUGGGCUCAAUGGUUGAUACGAUUGGAAGAGUAUACAAAGAAGUAUGGCAACGAUGAUGAGAAGAUUCUCAAGGGCGGCAAGAGGACGUUUGAAGAGAAUCUCGGGAAUAUCUAAAUAAUUCAGAUACGAUCAAUCAUCUAUUGAAGCUAUCUCGAGAAAUACAUCAAGAUACCUCACUGGAGUCUCAUCAGAUUAAGAUAACUGAUGUAUGGUGUGACGUCAGCUACCAUACAAUCAAUCAUACAAACCAAACGAAGAAAAUGCAUUUUUCUAUGCUGAGAAUUAUAAUGCAUUGUUUAUUUUCGUUAUUUAAAAUACUGUUUUUCCAACAAAAUUAUUCAAUUUUUUAACUUAUUUGGUAUAGUCAUUAAUUGAAUUAGAAUUUAGUUUUUUAUUACAUAGUAAAAUAUUUACUUUUCACAAAGCGAUACAAAGGAGUUCAAAUUUUUUUUGUAUGGAGGCUGGCAUAAUCGACCUGUCUCCAUUUUUUUUUGUAAAUUGUAGUGCAUGUAUGGAUACAUAAAUGAACAAAAUAAGUCAAGUAACAUGGUAUCCUAAAUUGUCAAGUUAUCCAGAUAUUUGGAGUUUAAUUCAAUUAAAUUCUUCUUCAUGGCCAUAUUUGUGCCAAAUGAGGACAGUUUAUCUCACCAACCAACCUCACGAAGGAGGUUUAUUGGUGAAAGCUGACAAGUUCAAUUUUGAGGAUCUAGUAAAUAGUUAAUAUUUUGUUAGUUCUUAACCUUUAAACAGCACAAAUAACAUAGAUUAAUAAAAUAUACAAAUAAUUUACUUACUAUAAACAAAUGAUAUCUGGAAUUAAAGUUUGACAUAGUAUAACUUGCGGACUCAAUCAAACUUCGCUUUGUCAGUUACGCAACCAACCAAGAAAGCUAUCAGCGACAAACUGAGUUUUUACUCGCAUAAAUAUAAGAGAUUAAUAAAAAUAAACUUUAAAUACUCUGAAACUAGACACCAUGUUACUUGACAUAUCAAAAAAAAAACAAAAUGGCGUUAAGUCAAUUGCUAUAUCAGUGUGAUGUUUUUUAAAUACGUUCAUUGUUAUACCACGCGACGUCGCGUGAUGCGGUUUUUUACGCUGUGGCCGGUAACGCGACGUCGCGCUGUGGUCCAUGACAAUCUUGUACGAGCUAUAGGACAUCGGCCAUUUACUUAAUUCUAAGAAUUUGGCUGGGCAAUGAACGUGUUAAGGAUUGCAAUCGAAAAAUUAAAUACUAGUAGUACUGAAUUAAAAAAUUGUAUUUUUUAAUUCAGUACUACAAAGUAAAAAAAUUUUUUUUUUUUGUAUAUUCUUGUGGUGAAUUGAUACUUUACUUGUAACUUAUGUUGUGUGUAUGCAUUUAUCGAUUUACAUUAUCUGUAUAUUGAAUGGUUUAUAAUUUUAUAGUCAUUAGUGAUUUGUUGUCAAUACAGUUAGGAACCAUAACACCUAGAAAUAGUUUUUUUCAAUAUGCAUUACUUGAUUUUUGAAUUAUUUUGCAGUUGGCAUUAUAACAAAUCCAAAUUAGCCCAAGCUUGGACUUGGACUUGAAAAAAACUAGACAAAUAUCAACCAAUAGCGGCGCAACCAGAUUUGUGUACUUGUUUUUGCGAUCUGUUAUUCAAACAGUCAGCGAAUAGUUAGAAGGUAUUAAACCAGAAAUAUCGUUUUCUUUCAUUAUGAUAGAACUGUGACAUUGCCCUGUUGGUUGCCUUUGUUCGAAAUUUGUCUAUUUCUCUUCACGAUAUAGUUGGUCGCAUGCUAGGCCUACUGCUUGGGUAAAUUUGGAUUGAGUACAGUAAUAGGAUAAGGCACGAGAGUCAUUGUAUGUAUACCAAAAAUUUAAAGAAGAUAAAGCCCGAGUAAUUGUCUAAAUUAUUUUUAUCUAGCAUCUCGACAAACUUACACAUUAUGCGUGUGUAUUGUCUGUGAAAAUGAAUGAAGAAAAAAAAUAUUCAUGUGAUUUUUUAGUGCAUAAUAAGUGUAUUUUAUUUCAUAGGUAUAAUACUUGUACAAUUAAUGAGUUGAGGUGCCAGGAAGAAAUAAUUUACAUAAUAUAAGUCAGCAUAGUAACAGUCCCUCUCAUUCUGAGUGGAGACUCGUGCUCAACUCGUGCUCGUGCAAAUGAAUGAUGUCAUGAGCACUUUUUAAUGUCCCAUCAAAUUGUCAUUUUUAUUUAUUUCUCAUCUCUAAAAUAAAUAUUAUUUUUAAACUAAUUUAAAAUGGGUUAUUUUUAUAUAUGGCAACAUUAUAACUAUAACAGCAUCAUGCGUAACGUUAAUUUAUAUUGAAAGUUAUUGUGGUUAUUUCUUGUUCCUAAUUAUCUAAAUUCUUAGUCUGUAGGUAGUUAUGUAUUAUAUUUAUUUACUAAUUGCUACGACUAAAAGAUAUCCUUGUGUACUCACAUUUAGUGGAGAGAGAGUUGCUCUUGACAGAUCUUAGUGAAAAUGACAGUAAAUGUGGCGUUGCCACAUGGCGAGUUAAUUAGUUCCAUUUUAAUUAACUUCUACUCUUUUAUGUUGCACUAUAAAUAAACUUAUUACGUUGGUCCAACCAACUUUAAAAUUUUGAGUUCAGACUCCACAUUACUAGAAAAUUUGGAACAAAAUUUUUGAUUGUUAAUUGUUGUUUGUGUGCCAAAAAUAAAUAAAUUACUAGUCACUUAGUGUUUAUUAAUUAGUACAAAAUAAUAAUCUGCUUAAACAAAAUCUCUACAUACCUACUACGUAAUAUAGAAGAAGUGUUUUUCAUUUAAAAUGACUAUGAGAAGAUUGUAAGAAUCUAGUUAAGAUUUUCGGAAAAUGGCUAAACAAAAUCGACUGAUCUUAAAAGACAGUACUGAAAUUACGAUUAGUUUUGUAUAACAUGUUGAUUUAUUUUAUUUAUAACCGAAUCUUUCGCUGCCUUUUAAUUUAUGGUCUGAUUUGGUAAUAUUAUGGUCUGAUUUAAGUUUGUAUCACAACAGAUGACUUUAUUAAAGUACCAAUUUUUACAA